AUGUCCGAGAUUGACAAGGUCCAAAACAUCAUAAAAGGCAUUGACGAUGAUGCCUUCAUGAUGCUGCUCGCCAAAAACGCCGGCACAGUGGUUGAGGUCAUCACAAUGUGCCAGAACUACGAGGAGCUCCGCCGGUGUGUUCAUUCUUUGUAUGAAGAAGUGAAGAUGCUGUAUGCUUUGGAUUUUUCCAGAAAUGCAUUCAACCAGCCUCUAUUUACAAAUCACACAGCAUUUUAUGCUAAUGUUACAGGUUCCUUGUCUUCGGAAUCCCGUGAGCGGUACCAUUCACUCGUGUCCGUCCAAGGCGGACUGCAUUCUUGCCGACAGUGCACUUAUGUGACCAAGUACAGUGCAAGCAUGAGAAGGCACCUUCGCAAACACACCGGCGAGCGACCCUUCCAGUGCCACUUGUGUCCAGCUGUAUUCAAUCAAACGGGUCAUCUCGCAAGACAUAUUCGUACGCACACAGGAGAGCGUCCCUUUUCCUGUGACGUAUGCAGUGCAUCAUUCUCAGAAAGAUCAAACCUCAUGAAACACAUGCACAUCCACACAGGAAAGCGUCCCUAUUCUUGUGACGUAUGCAACACAUCAUUUUUGCAAAAAGCACACCUCAUAACUCACAUGCGUACCCACUCAAGAGAGCUUCCAUAUUCCUGCGACCAAUGCAGUGCAUCGUUCUCGCAGAAAAACUCCCUUGUGAGACAUAUGCGCAACCACACAGGGGAGCGUCCUUUUUCCUGUGACCACUGCAAUGCAUCCUUUUCACAAAAUGAGAAACUCUCGCUGCAUGUGUCUCGUUAUCAUAAAACCAACAGGCCGUAAAUAGUGAGUAAUUAACAAGCUUUCUUGGAAGAGAAGGAAGUGUGCAAGGUGGGCGAGAGUUUGUUGACUAGAGGUUACAGUGUAGAUUUAGAUCUGGAAAGUAACUUGAUCCGGAAAGGGUGCAAUGAGAGGCCACUUUGAGCUGUGACUAUCUACACAACUGUGCUCCACUCUGAAACAACACAUGCUCCAUAAAAAAAAAAAAAGGGAAGUAGCUAGAGGCACAUGGGAAUAAAAUAUUGUGCAGUCCCAAGUGGAUGAAAAAACUUUCAGCUUGGUUGGGAUCUAAACCAUCGUUCUCGAAUUAGGUGUUU